AUGGACGAACGCGACGUUCUUCGGGUAGGCGUCUGCGCAAUGCCGAAGAAAGUCGAGUCUGAGCCGAUGCAGCGGAUCCUCGCUGCGCUCACCUCGAGCCGCGUUGCGCACUUCGAGCCGAUGAUCUUCGAUGCGAAGACGCUGUUUGAGCGGCCGAUCCACGGGUGGCCUGUGUGCGAUGCGUUAAUUGCGUUCCACUCGGAGGGCUUCCCGCUGGAGCGUGCCAUAGCGUACGCGGAACUACGGCGCCCGUACUGCUUGAACGGCCUGCGCGAGCAGCGGAUGCUGCUGGACCGGUCCAAGGUGUACGAGGUGCUGGCACGUGAGCGGGUGCCAGUCCCGCGGCACAUUGUUGUGCGCCACGACGGAGCCGAUGUUGGCCGGACGGAUACGCGAUUUGUCGAGCACGACGACUACAUUGAGUACUGCGGAGAGCGGCUGUUCAAGCCGUUUGUGGAGAAGCCGAUUGACGCGGAGGACCACCGCGUAUGCAUCUACUACGCACGGCCCUUGUACGGGCGCCGGCGGCUAUUUCGGAAGACGGCGAAUCAGAGCUCUGUGUUUGAGCCCGGGUGGCGCCGUGUCCGUCGCGAGGGCGCCUUCAUAUACGAGGAGUUUAUCCCGAGCGAGCACCAGAGCGACAUCAAGGUUUACGCUGUUGGGCCGGAGUACGCGUACGCGGAGCGGCGAAAGUCACCCGUGGUGGACGGUAUCGUUGAGCGGAACGCGCACGGCAAGGAGCUGCGAUUCCCUGUUGAACUGAGCACCGCGGAGCGCUGCGUGGCGGCGACGAUCACGGCGGCUUUCCGGCAGUUUGUGUGCGGCUUUGAUCUCAUUCGGCACGCCGACGGCAAUGCUUUCUAUGUGAACGACGUGAAUGGCUUCAGCUUUGUGAAGGGAUCCCAGUCCUACUAUGAGUCUUGCGGGCGUAUUCUGGCGGAGCAUCUAGCCCGCGAGUGUGCGCGAAGCGCUGCGGUGGAUGGCGAGCGACCUCGCAGUGCCCAGCGCUGCAGCGCAUCGGACGGGAGCACGCCCUAA